CCAGAGCUCCGGGCGGUCGCAUUGUUUUCCUCCGCGGAGCCGCGGCGGGAGUGGGGUUUGCGACUGGGAUCCAGGGCUCACCCGACCUGACAGCGCCCGGGAGCUCAGAUCCAAGCUCCAUCCAAUUCAGACGUUCAUCACGUCUCGCUAGAGCCCCAACCACCGACUGCGAACUCGGCGCGGUGCGCGGCCGCUGCCCGCCCGCUGAGAUCUCUAUUCCACUGACCCGGAUCUCGGAGCAAGUCAGAGGUCUCCUAUCCCCCUCAAACCCCCACAGGAGUCACCACCCCAGGGCCAGCAUAUGGGUGAGGGGGCAACCCCUGGGGCCUGAGCUGCCCCACACAGGAUGCCCCGUGCCCCCCGCUUCAUGCCCUUGCUGCUACUGCUGUUGCUGCUGUCACUUCCCCACACCCAGGCUGCCUUUCCCCAGGACCCCCUCCCUCUGCUGACCUCUGACCUGCAAGGUAUUUCCCCAUUAUCCUGGUUCCGGGGCCUGGAGGAUGAUGCUGUGGUGGCAGAACUUGGGCUGGACUUUCAGAGAUUCCUGACCUUGAACCGGACCUUGCUAGUGGCUGCCCGGGAUCACGUUUUCUCCUUCGAUCUUCAAGCCCAAGAAGAAGGGGAGGGGCUAGUGCCCAACAAGUAUCUAACAUGGAGGAGUCAAGACAUGGAGAACUGUGCCGUGCGGGGGAAGCUGACGGACGAGUGCUACAACUACAUUCGUGUUCUCGUUCCCUGGGACUCCCAGACACUCCUUGCCUGUGGAACGAACUCAUUCAGCCCCGUGUGCCGCAGCUAUGGGAUAACUUCGCUGCAGCAGGAGGGUGAGGAGCUGAGUGGGCAGGCUCGAUGCCCCUUUGAUGCCACCCAGUCCAACGUGGCCGUCUUUGCAGAGGGCAGCCUGUAUUCAGCCACAGCCGCGGAUUUCCAGGCCAGUGACGCUGUGGUUUACAGAAGCCUUGGGCCUCAGCCCCCACUCCGCUCCGCCAAGUACGACUCCAAGUGGCUCCGAGAGCCACACUUUGUCCACGCUUUGGAGCAUGGAGACCAUGUCUACUUCUUCUUCCGAGAAGUCUCUGUGGAGGACGCCCGGCUGGGGAGGGUACAGUUCUCCCGUGUGGCCCGUGUGUGUAAGCGUGACAUGGGCGGCUCACCUCGGGCCUUGGACCGCCACUGGACAUCCUUCCUGAAGCUGCGGCUCAACUGCUCUGUCCCUGGGGACUCUACCUUCUAUUUUGACGUCUUACAGGCCUUGACAGGGCCUGUGAACUUGUAUGGCCGCUCUGCUCUCUUUGGGGUCUUCACCACCCAGACCAAUAGCAUCCCCGGCUCUGCGGUCUGUGCCUUCUACCUGGAUGAUAUUGAGCGUGGGUUUGAGGGAAAGUUCAAGGAGCAGAGGAGUCUGGAUGGGGCCUGGACCCCUGUGUCUGAGGACAGGGUCCCCUCCCCCAGGCCAGGAUCCUGUGCAGGAGUAGGUGUAGCUGCAUUGUUCCCCUCUUCUCGAGACCUCCCUGAUGAUGUCCUGACCUUCAUCAAGGCUCACCCACUCCUGGACCCUGCCGUGCCGCCUGCCACCCAUCAGCCUCUGCUCACCCUCACCAGCAGGGCCCUACUGACCCAGGUAGCUGUGGAUGGCAUGGCUGGUCCCUACAGUAAUACCACAGUCCUGUUCCUUGGCUCCAACGAUGGGACAGUGCUGAAGGUGCUGCCCCCAUGGGGGCAAUCUGGGGGCCCUGAGCCCAUUCUGUUGGAAGAGAUCGAUGCCUACAGCCCCUCCCGGUGCAGUGGGAAGCGGGCAGCCCAAACAGCACGGCGGGUCAUAGGGCUGGAGCUGGACACUGAAGGUCACAGGCUCUUUGUGGCUUUUUCUGGCUGUAUCAUCUACCUCCCUCUCAGUCGAUGUGCCCGGCAUGGGGCCUGUCGGAGGAGCUGUCUGGCUUCUCAGGACCCAUACUGUGGAUGGGAUAGCUCCAGAGGCUGUGUGGAUAUCAGGGGACCUGGUGGGAUUGAUGUGCAUCCAGCUGGGAACCAGGAAUCCAUGGAGCAUGAUGACUGCCAAGAUGGAGCUACUGGGAGUCAGUCUGGCACAGGGGAUUCUGCUUAUGUGCUUCUGAGUCCUGGCCCUUCCCCUGAGACCCCAAGCCCCCCCAGUGAUGCCCACCCCCGGCCCCAGUCUUCCACUCUUGGAGCUCACACUCAGGGCGUGCGACGGGACCUCCCGCCAGACUCAGUCUCCCGCUCCGUCCCCAUCCCACUCCUCCUGGCCUGUGUGGCCGCAGCCUUCGCCCUGGGCGCCUCGGUCUCUGGCCUCCUGGUCUCCUGCGCUUGUCGCCGCGCCCACAGACGUCGGAGCAAGGAUAUCGAGACUGCGGGGCUCCCGCGCCCUCUCUCCCUUCGCAGCUUGGCCCGUCUGCACGGGGCGGGCCCAGAGCCGCAGCCAACGUCCAAGGACGGAGAGGGGGCACAGACACCCCAGCUUUACACCACCUUCCUGCCUCCUCCCGAGGGCGUACCCCCGCCGGAGCUGGCCUGCCUGCCCACCCCGGAGUCCACGCCGGAGCUGCCGGUCAAGCACCUCCGCCACGCCGGGUGUCCCUGGGAGUGGAACCAGAACGGGAACAACGCCAAGGAGGGCCGGGGCCGCGCCCGGGGCGGCAACACGGCGGGCGGCCCCGCGCCGCGCGUGCUGGUGAGGCCGCCGCCGCCCGGCUGUCCCGGGCAAGCCGUGGAAGUCACCACCCUCGAGGAACUGCUGCGCUACCUGCACGGCCCGCAGCCGCCCAGGAAGGAGGCCGAGCCCCCGGCCGCCGCCCCUUUCACCUCGCGGGCGCUGCCGCCCGAGCCCGCCCCCGCCCCCGCCCCCACCCUCUUUGCCGGCCCCAGCCUGCUACCCCGGGACUGUGCCACGCCUCGGAGGCUGGACGUGCCCCCGGAGGGCAAGCGCCCGGCCCCCGCCACCCGGCCUGCUGUCUCCGCCCCAGCUCCCCGGCUCGGGGUGGGCGGCAGCCGGAGGUUGCCCUUCUCCACGCACCGUGCACCCCCCGCGCUGCUCACCCGAGUCCCCUCGGGAGGCCCCUCCAGGUACUCCGGGGGUGCCGGGAGACACCUCCUGUACCUGGGCCGGCCUGAGGGGCACCGGGGCCGCGCCCUAAAGAGGGUGGACGUCGAGAAGCCCCAGGUGCCCCUGAAGCCUCCCCUUGUCGGGCCUUCCUCGCAGCCGGCCGUCCCUAGUGGCAACCAUUUUAACUUUUAAAGGGAGCUGCUCCAAGGCCUCAAAUGGGACCCUCGAGGCCCAUGCCCUCAAAGGCCGUGAGCGUGGACGCAUCUCCAAGGACAGGUCACCUCCUUCUCUCCUUGUUCCACACCUCCAGCCUUCCUGGACUCUGAGAGUCUCCCGGGGUCCCUGCCCGCCCCGGGUUUAUUUAUUGACUGCCGACUGUCUUUCCCCCUGUCCUCGAGAGAGGAGUGGGAGGUGAGAAGCUCGCCCCCUCAGUGAGCCAGCUUUUCGGGGGGAACUGGCACACUCCCACCCCCCCCACCUCCCUCAGCCAAGCUGCCUUAACUCGCCCCUCCGGGCCUCCAGAGACUGGGCCCCGGGCGGGCCGCACGGCGGACGGACGGGGCUGCGCGACGCCCGUUGUGUACAGAGUUCUCGGGCCUCCUGGGACGUGCCUCCUCCUACUGUGUAGGAGCCUCCCCUUCCCAAUACAGCUGUGUCCCCGAGCCGCUGCCUGACUUUACUCGCGGAGGGGGCGGGGCGGGAGUCGGUCGGUUGCUCUGAGCCCUUUUUCUCCAGAAUCCCUGCCUUCAACUUGGCCUUGAGCUCUCUCCCGAGUAAUUGGGAUGGCUGCGCUCCCACCGGGGUUAAUCAGGAAAGAUUUCCUGAAGCAGGCAAGCUAAGAAAUGGUGCGUGGAGAUGAACCAGGGCCCAGGAGACCCCGGCUAGAAUUUAGGUGGGGUUAGGGAGGGUACUCCGAGCACGUUUCUGGACCGAGAUAAGAGGGACUUUUUCGUAGAAUGCUCUGGCGUGGGGG